UAUUUUCUAUAAUGUCUAAAUUCUAAAUCAAAAUACAUAUCUGAUAUGACUUAAUGUAUAAUUAGCAUAAAACAAACAAUAUAAUUUACAUUCUCAAGGAUUAAAGAUUAAAGAUUAAAUGGAAAUAAAAAUAAAAACGAUUGCACAUCCAUCAAUUAGUUGGCGAUAUGCACUAAGAAUGUAAACAACUAAUGAACAAAAGAAGAAGAAAGAAACAGCUUGGCGCGCUUUUUCUUAGCGUCCAUUUCUAUAGUGACUCGUCGAUUCGUCACUCUGUUGAGAAUGUCUUGAGUCUUAACCAGGAACAUACUCUGAGUUGAAUGAACUUACUCCCGGUAGCGUUUUUGGAACCACAUACCUCGAGUAAGCAAGGUUUGGGGUUAAUCAACCGAGAGUUCAGGGUUUAGUUCACGGUAAGUUAACCCUGCUUUCUGGAAUACACCCCUGAUGUCUACAUGCUUUGAUUGAAUUAUAUGUAAAAUUCAAUAAUAAUGAACUACUGUAGAUAUUUCAUGACAACAUCUAAUUAAUUAAAUAUCUCUCUCUUCCUUGCUUUAUACAAUAAUAAACAAUACUGGCCAUUUAAAGAAACUUUUCCCCAUUCUUUUUCACCAAGGUUAGAUUACGAACAUACCCUGGUACAAUCUCAUGCAGAAUAAUAAUAAUAAUAAUAAUAAUAAUAAUAAUAAUAAAUCCAGUCAAUGUAAGCAAGCUUUCUAAGUGAAGCUGCUGAUCAAUUCUUCCUCUUAAUCCAGCUGUGUCUGUGGUCUGCCUGUAGAGGUCAUGAGACUGACUUUAAUCAUAUUACAAUACAUACUGUUUCACAUGCAGACUGGCAUUUGCUUCAAUUAUUGUAUUACAUUAAUUGCAGAUGAAAUAACAAAACAUUCAGUGGAUAAAUUCAGCUUUAGGAAGGAAUGUAUUAUGCUUAGUUCUCUCACUGCCCCCUUAAAUUGAUUAAGGUUGGAUAUAGGAGUCUGUUUUGAAAACAAUACGGUGAUUAUUUGCUUCAAGGACAAAUAGAAAGUGUAUGUCUAAGCUUGUAUAUUGAAGGUGAAGGGUGAUCAAAAUUAAGAUUUUGAUAUCGGUUUGACUCAUAGACAUUCAUUCAUUCAUUCAUAUAAAAACAUUUUGAAUAUGGGUGUUUUUAAAUAACAUGGGCAAGGCAUGUUUUGAGAGUUGUCUAACUAACUUACUAAUAUUGUAUACUGUUUAUCUUAAUUCUGUGAGACUGACAGACAUUAAAUCACUGAUUUUCCAAUGUUUUUAAAGAUAUUUUUGUAUUAUAGUAGCUGCAUAUUUAUUAUUAUACUAAUGAAAUAUGUCAUUAGUCUCCUGAACUAUUGAAACCUAACACAGGUCUACACAGCUAAUUCAUAGCUACCAUUAUGUAAACAAUACAGCAAAAGACUGAUGUAUGAUAAACAGUGCAUAUACAUUUCCCUAAGGAGACAUUUUGGAUCAGUAGCAGCAUUUUUUAUUUACAGAACUUAUCCUAAGAGUGCAACUUAUUGGACACUCCAAACUGUAUCCUAUUUUAUUUAUUUGCCUUGAAUUAUCUCAGAAUCACAGAAAUUGAAUUCUGUUAACAGGUAAGUUAGAAAUGUUGUCAUAGCUAAUUUGGAAAUAUCAGUAAUUUAGAUCACAAUUUUCACUGAAAAGCAUUAGUUGUUUUAACUGGGGGAAAAACUAUUUAAAUAUGUGGUUUAUACCUUACUAUGGUGAAACAUUGUAUUAUAUUUAACCACAUUAAGUCUAAAAUACAUUUUAUACAUUUUGGCAUUCAGAACAUGUAGAUCUAAAUUUAGAUGCAAAUAAAUUAGGAUGCAAAAAGCAAGGCAAUGCAAACCAAUAAAAGGACUAGCCCAGAGAUCCCUCCCUGGCACUUUACAUUUUGCUACAUUUAAUCAAAAUAUUUAUGUUUCUUGCAAUUUUUUUUUUAUCUUGUAUGCAUAUUAUCAUCAUCAUCAUUAUUAUUUUUUAUUAUUAUUACAUGGUGUCACUACUUAAUGAAAGGCCUAAUUGGAUGUGUAAUUUUAUGGUGGUUUUAUACAUAUAUAUAUAUAUAUAAUGAAAAGUAGAUUUGGGGCACUGUUACUAUACGUUUAAAAAACGCACAGAUAUCACAGUGGCAUCCCCUAAUGCUGAAAUACUGUAUGAUACAUGCAUAUGAGUAUUCUGUAGGCUGCAUAGGAUUUGAAUAAUUUGUGGCUCUCCCGGUCUAUGAUCAUUUAUUGUGGUACCUAACAAAUGUAAUAUAGCCAAAGCCUACAGUAUUAGUCUUUUACACAAAACGCAUGUUCCUCGUCCAGCAGUGACAGAUGAAGGUGGCUCCACCCCUGUAUAACAUCACCCAUCUAAGAGCUCAUUCAUACUGAAGAAACCUAAGCGCGCGACACAUCUAUUCACACAUGCUCGGAGAAGAAACCACAAUGCCACCGUCGUACAAGUAGCAGGCUGAAUGGAAAAUUGUUAUAUUAUGCACUACGUUUGUUGAACACAAGUGCGUAAAGACCAACGGAUGGAGAACUAUUACAUUUUGUGGAACGCUGUAGCUGGAGGAAACUUCCAUGCGUUCGGUCUGAUCGCCGGUUCCUCUGAGAGGGAAUGAGACGAGUGAGGUCGUGAAAGUUAGACCGAGGGAAAAUGUCGGCGACACAUGCCUCACCUUUGUCCAACAAAACCAACCAAUAUGAGGACGUGGAAGCGGUCGAGGGCAACUGGCAGCUUAUCUUUGGUUUAUCCUUCGCCAUCGCCACUGUAACUUGCUUGGGAGGUUUGUACUCGCUUAUGUCGCUGCUCAGGAUGAGAAGCAAGUCUUCCCUUUGUCUGAUAGUGGCUUCUUUAUCAAUAGACGACCUGAUCAGCGUCGUUCCGCUCACGCUCUUCAUGAUCUUGCAAUGGAGGAGCGGAGAUGCGAACCGGUCGGGCGCAAUGUGCACUCUUUCUGGUCUCCUUUACGUUUUUCAAGGGUUGUCAAGCAAUAUGAAAGCCUGUCUCAUAGUUGCCUACACUUUUUACGUGACAAAACGCUUUGGAGUGUAUCAGACGGCUAACCGACCUCUCGGGGUGUUUGUGGCUGUGGUGGCGGUGUGGACUGUGAGUCUCGCGGUCAGCGUACUGCCCGUGUGUGGCUGGGGUCGCUUCGCCCCCGCUUCUCUCGGCUGUCUCCCGGAGAACGACAGCCUGUACGUGCUACUGCUGUUCGCCAUUUACUCACUGUGUUUCUGUGGGCUGGUAGUUUGCUCUAUUCCUCUCAUAUACCAGCUCAUGUGCUCCACGGAGGCCCUGAGAACAAUUUACCCGAGCUAUUUUGAAAUUGCCGGGUCGGCUCCACUGUGUGAGAUCCCCUCUCUGUCACGGGAUAGCUUGGAGAAAAGUUUGGGAGCUUACAACGAAUUCAACUCAAACCCUGACAGUUUUAAGAACAAAACGGAGGCGUAUUCGUUCUCAUACUCUCCAGCAACCGGUCAUUUCCAGAAAGAUGAAGCUCAUAGUUCACGACAUUCCCCUGUGUUUUUCUCUCAGAAGCGCUUCUCGAUGAUUCUGGCCAUGGCACGAAUUAUUCUGUGGAUGCCAAUGAUGACCCAAAUCCUGGUGAGUCAUGCUGUUGAUAUGCACAGCUCGUCCUUGGAGACUCUCUGUUUUUUCCUGACCUUGCUCUCAGCGGCGGUCACCCCUGUGUUCAUGCUUUCUGAGCGCUGGAUCCAUCUGCCGUGUGGCUGCUUCAUCAACUGCCGUCAAAGCUUAGGAUCAGAGGUUUCCAACGCUAAAAAAAGGAAAUUUGAAUUCAACCUCUCAUUCCAGCAAGGCUAUGACAUUUACAAGAUCUCCCACAUCAAGACACCUUCCUUUGAGAAACCAUCUUUUAACAGUUUAUACAGCUGCGAUUUCUCUGAGAGCAGAGUGGCAGUGCUGGACAGUGGUCAGAUCGGUAAGUUCAGCACCACGGCAGUGGAGGACAGCUCCCUCCACAGCGAGCUGCUGCUUGAAGAGAGAGCAGACAGCCAGCCUCAGAGCUCCACAGAAAGAGACGGACCAUGCAGUGUCUCCCCUCAUGUCUCUACCUGCGUUUGUGAGGAUCUUCACCUCGACAACUCAUCUGUAUUCGAUGGUCCUGAGAGGAGGCUGUCCCAUGAGGAGUGUCGUAAAAUCGAGCUGUCUGACUGGGAGUGGUGCAGGAGUAAAUCAGAAAGGACACCCAGACAGAGAUCCACAGCUGGGUUAGCCAUUCCAUUAUGUGCCUUCCAGGGCACCGUUUCCCUCCAUGCCCCCACAGGAAAAACACUGUCCCUCUCCACCUAUGAAGUCAGCAGCGAUGGCCUGAAGAUCUCCCCAAACAAUGCCAAGAAAGUUGAGGUGUACCGCUCCAAAUCGGUGGGUCAUGAACCUAGCGCUGAAGAGCGUAACUCAAGCACUGGGGGUGGUGGAGUUGGAGUAGGGUGCGGAGUCGCAGACACCAACGUAAAAAUUCACCUGGAGGUUCUGGAGAUCUGCGACAAUGAGGAGGCCAUGGACAGUGUGUCUAUUGUCUCCAAUAUCAGCCAAUCAUCCACACACGCACGCUCACCUUCACUACGCUACUCUCGUCGCGAGAACCGCUUUGUCUCGUGUGACCUAGGUGAAACAGCCUCAUACUCGCUGCUGAUCCCUACAAGUAACCCGGAUGCGGACAACAUUAACAUCCACAUUCCAGAUACAGUGGAAGCACACAGACAGAACAGCCGAAGACAGCACCAGGAGGCUGGAGGUUACCAGGAAGAGAUACAGCUGCUUAAUGAAGCCUAUAGGAGGCAGGCAGGUGAUCAGGGGAACUGAAGUAACCAGAAACACCAGGAUAGGCCAACUGGCUAAGAAAUCCUUAGGAAGAAGUGUAGAAGGUUUGGAUGAAAUAUUAUGAUGAAGGCUCAUAGUGUUGUAAGGUCAAGGUAGAUUAAAGCACCCAGACUCAAAAGUAUUAUCAUCUAAGCACAACUAGAGUUAGCAGCGAUCAGUCGCAAUGUGAAAAUCAAUGAGAGAUAUUAGUGUGCUAAACUGUUUGUUUUAGUAAGCAAUUGUGGGAUUAAAAUGAUGCAUGAUGAGAUGUAAAUGGCUUUAGAAUUAAAAUUCAAGGUUAGCAUGCCAUAAGGAAGAGCUGGAGGUUUGGAAAGGAAAGUGAUUUAUUUUAUAACAUGCAACUAAAAUGUGAUCAGAGAGGCAACAAAUCUCAUGAUGAGACAAAGUGUUGGUUUGUUUGGAUUUGCCCUUGAUUUCAAGCCUCUAGAAUGAUAGAUUGGGGGUUACUGCAGUAAUGUCUACUCUCAGAUGUCUUACUUUGAAUGAAGCUCCGGAGAAUAAAGCUGAAACACUUGAGUGGAUGAAAGUGACGUAUAUGCUGAAAUGAAGGUUAUUGGGUACAAAGUAGGAAGAAUGGACUUAACUCGCUUCUCAGAUAUUCUGUCAUAUAUUGAAUGCAAAUGUAAGUGCAUAGACUGAAAAGCUUCAGAAGAGAGCUCAAUAGAGAAGGAUAAAUACUGUCACGAGCACUGUAUGUGCAUUUGUGGUGAGACCGACAACGAACAGGAUUGCGAGGGUGUGUGUACAAGGAAAAUAAAUAAAUAAAAUAAAUACAUUUUAGUAUUCCAGCUCAGGCAGAAACCAUAUGGCAUACUGAAAUAAAUCAUUCCAAAUGUG